AUGACGACCAUAUCCUCCCUAAGCUGGAUCCGGAAGGGCAUCGCAGCUCCCACUCCCGAGCGCUACAAGCUCACGGAUGAGGAAUACGAACGAGUCGCUUCUCUAGUCGGUGCUCAACUAGCUGAAGCUCAAAUCGCCGACAAGAAUGUCGAGCAAGACGAUGUAGAGGCUGAUGAUAUCGCUGAUGAGAAUGAAGAUAUAGAGGCUGUGGCGGAAAAUAAGGAUGAUUUGUCGAUUUACAAACUAGACACUUAUGAUGAAGAGCAAGAAGCGGAUUUGAAACGAACAGAUAUUCCACUGUUUAGUAAUGUCAAAGGAUUGGCUUACUAUUCCUCAAACAAGGAAGAUCCUUAUGUCAAGUUUGCUGAUGAAGACGAAGAAGCAGAAGAAGUAGAGGAACUAGCAAUCGCACCAACAGAUAACCUAAUUCUAGCCGCAAAAACUGAAGACGAUAUAUCCCACGUCGAAAUAUACCUAUACGAAACUGGUGAAGACAACCUAUAUGUCCAUCACGACAUCCUACUGCCGUCCUUCCCAUUAUGUGUCGAAUGGGUUGGGUGCAGAAUAGGUCGUAAGGCUGCUAAAGAAGGUUUUGGAAAUUAUGCUGCUAUAGGUAGUUUCGAGACUAGUAUAGAGAUAUGGGACUUGGAUUUGGUUGAUGCUGUUUAUCCUGAGGUUAUUUUGGGCGAGAGGCCAAAGGAUAAGGCGCCUACCAAAAGGAAUCGGGCAAACCCAGACAGACACGUCGAUGCUGUCUUAUCACUAGCAUGGAACAUGUCUGCACCAGCCUUCCUGGUAUCCGGAUCCGCAGACCACACAAUCAAACUAUGGGACCUAUCAACCGUCACAUCCGCCAUAUCAACCCCCAUAACACCAGAACAACCCGAACCAACAGUCGUAAAAGCUCUCCGCUCCUUCUCCCUCCACACAGCCCCCGUAUCAUCACUAGCAUGGAGCCCCACCACACCAACAAUCCUCGCAUCAGGCGGCCACGAUUCCCGCGUCUUCGUAUUCGACGUCCGUGAGCCCCAAAAUGCAAAAUCAUGGAAUGUCGGAUCAGACGUAGAGUGUAUUGCAUGGGAUAAAUCUACCGGGUACCUGAUUGUCGGGCUUGAAGAUGGCCGUGUGCUGUGUUUUGAUGUUGAGAAGGGCGGGAGUGUGGUUAAUGCAGAGAGUACUGCUGAUUUGAAAAAGGCGGAAAAGAGUAAGAAGAGUGGCAGGAAGGGUGCGUCUGCGCAGGUGCCUGCUAAUGGUGGUGUUGGGGCACAGGAUACGCCGGUGUGGACUAUACAUGCUCAUGAUGGACCUGCUAGUAGUGUAGACAUGUCGCAGCUGGUGAAUGGGUGCUUGCUUACCGGUGGUGGUGAUAAGAUGGUCAAGAUAUGGAGUAUCAAGGAUAAUACUGCGUCGUUAAUUACAUCAAAGGAUCUUGGUGUGGGCAAAGUAUUCGCCUGCAAAUUCUGCCCAGACUCUCCACACCUGAUUUCAGCUGCCGGAUCUAAAGGACGUGUCGUCAUUUGGAAUCUAUCUGAUAAUUUCGGCAUGAAGAGAGCGUUUGGUUCGGUUGCAUCUGCAAUGAGGAACUCGGAAGCACCUCCAACACCACGUAAAGAAGUCACUUCUAUUGACGAUGAAGGAGAACCUGAUGAAGACGAGGAUGAAUACGAGGAUGAUGAGGAAGGUGGUGAUGAUGGCGAGGAGGGUGUUACGAGUAUGGAUGUGGAUGAGGAGAUGGACGAAGAUUGA